AUCUUCGUAUUAAUAAUAUGGCGGCCAACUCCGGCCAACGUGUGUUUGUUGCCCGUUCGUAUUUGAUUGUCUUUACAUAGCGGUGAAGCUGAAAUUGUUCCAUCAACAAUGGCAUCUAAUGCUCGAAAGGAAAGAAGGCAAUUAUGGUGGAAGCAGCAUGGAAAGCAAGUUGAAGAUGGCAGCGACAACAAGAAACCAAAGUUUAAGAAAAGUUUCCAUCAAGGAAGAACUGUUCCUAAAAGAGAAAAAUCAACACUGUCAUUACCACCAGAAAAGGACGAAAACAGUAAAAAGAAAAGUAGACUCAUUGUCUUCGUAGGAAACCUGCCGUUUGAUCUUGAAAAGGAAGAUAUCAUACAUCAUUUUAGGUGUACUGGGGGGGUGACUGAUUUUCGACUUAUGACCAAAAAAGACAGUGGAACAUCAAAAGGCUGUGGAUUUCUUGAACUUGAUGACUUCGUUAGUUAUGAGAAAGCACUGAAUCUUCAUCACAGUGUASUAGGUGGAAGAAAGAUAAAUGUUGAAGUCACUUGUGGUGGAGGUGGCUCAGGAGAAAAACGAGCAGAAAAGUUAAAUGAAAAAAAGAAGAAAUUUAAGCAAAGAAGAGGAAAGAAGUCGAAAUCAUUAGAUGGUAAAGCGAAUAAUAACGGUGACAAAGAGAAGGAUAAUUCUACUGGAGAAGGACYGAGAGAUUCCAGUUUGAAAACAAACAAGACUAAGCGAGAGACAUCAACAGAUGCAUCAGCAGAAAUCAAGGCAGAGACUUUGACACUAAGAAAAAGAAAGUUAAAAAAUGAUAUGACAGAGUUGGAUGUCUCUUCUUGGGAACCAAAAAGGAAAAAGAAGUCUUUGAAACAAUCAAAUGCCUUAAAUUCAAUGGUUAAAGACCUUGAGCUAGAACCAAUGGUACAAGUAAAACUGGAGAAGAAUGUACAAGUUUAAAAAGAAAAGKAAAAAAAGUUAAAGUCAUCUUCCUAAAGGCAAUUACUAAAAGGUGGAAUAAAGUAAAAACCUGUGUUUAAGAACACCUAUUUUGACGGUUCAGGCUGAUUUGUUUCUUAUAUAAAGGGUUAUAAUCUGCAAAAUCAGCCUGUAAUUGUCCUUAAGUGUUCUUAAAAGAAGGUUUCCUKAAAUAAGGAACAUACUAGGCUACCAAUAGGUGAAGUACAUAUUUUUUUAUUUUUUUGUUUAAUAUUUUGUUACACAUAAUUGGGGUGGAACUAUAAUUUAUGUUUGCAAUGAAAAAUAGUGUUGAUCUUUGACAUUUUUCCAUAUAAGAAUAACUUUCAUUUUUCAGGCUGAAUGUGUUCUUAUAUAAAUGGUACUAUAUUUCCUAAAAUCAGGCCUGGGUGUUCUUAAUCCACUUGUUCUUAUAUGUGUGUUUUUACUGUAUUUAAUUAUUGCUGCAUGUUUUUUAGAUAGCUUAAAAAAUAUCAACACAAAUUUAAAAAAGAUUGAUUUUUGCUUCAGUUGUGAUAUAUGGCCUCUGUCUCUGAUGCAUGAUUAUGCAUAAAUGGCUGUAUAAAACUCUAUUCAGUUGUCCCACAUUGAAUACGUGAUGCAAAAAGUACUGAUGAAGGAUAGUUUUGAAAGUGUCUAAUGAAUUUUGCAAGGGAGACAGGACAGGAAUCCUACAAAUGAAAACUUCAUGAAUAGGUAUUUUACAACCUACUUUCUAAACAAGAACCAUAGUGUGGAACAUAC